AUGGAGCCGUCAUAUCCUAAGCACCUCGGGGCCUUUCGGACGGAACCGAUCAUCGGCAUCGGCUACUCCGAGCUGGCCGACGCCUUCACGCCAGUGUAUCUCAACAGCAGCGAGCCCGUCCACAACCAUCAAGCCUUCACCCCGGUCCUCGUCGCACGUGAGCACUACGAGGCCUACUACACCGCGGAGAUCGUCUAA